GAGUUCAUUUUACGAAGAAGAGUUGUACGGGAUGCUCUGAAUACGUUUAGAUAUCUGUUUAAAUCUAAAUAUAGGACGGAAGGGGUUCAUUUAACGUUUUUGUUUAGAAUAUUGAAUAUUGCGCGUAUGUGAACGGCGAGAGUUAGAUUGACUCGCAUGUUUUUAGAUUUUACUCCGUCAGAAUCUCACUUGUUAUGAAUUUGACGCCGGUUAAAGGGACUAUGUAAUUGACAUGGAAGUUAGUUGGGGAGAGGCGAACAGCGCGGAAGGUUUCCUCGGUUGUGAGGAGUCGUCAGGUCUCCCCGGCACAUACACACACGGAGAGGAUCCCUAUGCGGUCGAAGCGAUGAACCGGAGAGAAUGAGAAACGUGCGAAUGUCCACAGAAGCUUUAACGUUGUUUGUACAUUAACAAACGUGCGCGGUGCUGGUGUUUUACAGCACUUAUUUAUCUGUCGCUUUAUAAGUUUGAAUAGGAGAGAAAGCAAAAGCAAGCCAGGUAGUGAACUGCUAUUCGGACUGGGAACUAACGUUUAAAAGACAAAUGUUCAGCCAACAACUGGAAUAGGGACAUAAGCGUGGCUCUACACAAAGGGACUCAGAUUUGAAUAAACAACUGUGCGAAAAGUGAGAGACCUAUACUUGCAGAGCCAUGCCAUCAGUGAUGGAGCGUUCAGGGUCUGGUGUGCUGUCUCGAAGCAGGGCCAAAACAGUCACAAACGGGAACAGCCAGCACUCUGAGGAAGAGAGCAGCGACGAGGAACACACACAUGACAGUAUGAUCCGCGUUGGUGGGGACUACCAGGCACAGAUCCCAGAGUUCAAACCAGAUAAAGAAAGAGAUGGAAACAGUGCGUCCCACUACAGUGAAAAUGACCAGAGGAGUAUGCUGGUCUGGUCCCCAAAUAGCCAAGUGUCCAAUGCCAUGUUGGAUGAAUAUAUUCUGAUGGCCAAAGAGAAGCACGGAUACAACAUGGAACAGGCUCUUGGCAUGCUUCUGUGGCACAAGCACGAUGUGGAGAAGUCACUGGCUGACCUGGCAAACUUCACUCCCUUUCCUGAAGAUUGGACAGUGGAAGACAAGGUUCUGUUCGAACAGGCUUUCAGCUUUCAUGGCAAGAGCUUCCAUCGCAUCCAACAGAUGCUUCCAGACAAACUGAUCUCAAGCCUGGUGAAAUACUACUACUCUUGGAAGAAGACCAGAACCCGGACCAGCGUCAUGGACCGUCAAGCACGCAAGCUCCUUAGCAAGAGAGAAAAGGAUGAGAGUAACGACGAGACGGAGAAAGGAGAUCCAGGCAGUGACAGUGAUUUUGAGAUCAACGGCAGGAAAGAGACAACGAAGCAGAGCUCUGGAAUUGGAGGAGGGAGUGAUAAAGGUUCAAGCAAGUCUGGUCCGACUCGGAAAGAGAACCAGGGUGCACAGUACCGACACCACCCUCUUCGGGCUCGCCGCAGACCUCCUAAAGGCAUGCACUUGGAACAGGAGGACAUUGUUGCUCUCUCAGCCUCCACUGAUUCAGGAGCUGUUAGUCUCAGACAGCUGGACACACAGCUAGUGUCUCUGAAAAGACAGGUCCAAAGUAUCAAGCAAACCAACAGUGUUCUCAAGCACAACUUGAGUGAUGGAAUUGAAGGCUUGAGACCAUCAGAGCCCACCCAAAAAAACAACUCUCGCUGGACAACAGAGGAGCAGCUCCUGGCCGUUCAAGCUGUCAGGCGAUACGGUAAAGACUUUGCAGCCAUAGCGGACGUGAUUGGGAACAAGACAGUGGCACAGGUCAGCUUAUUCUUCGUUAGCUACCGGAGACGCUUCAAUCUGGAGGAGGUGCUCCAUGAAUGGCAGGCAGAACAGGAAGUUGUGCAAGGGAGCAGCGGGAGGAUCGCGAACAUGGAGCUGAAUGGGUCAGCAGGAGCGGAAGACGAUGAGGUGAAGAUGGAUGGCAUCUCUCCACCUCAUUCUGACUGUUCACUGUCCUCUUCUGAUGUUCUAAACAUUACCCAGUCCUCCCCACCCCUCACUCAGCCUCCCCCCUUACUGCGCCCUGCACCCCCUUCAGCACCCCCUAGCCUGCUGCGCCAGCCUCCCCCGCUACAGACGCGACCUCUACAAACCCGGACGCCCCACAAUCACCCUCCCCCUCCCCCUCCGCUCAUCAGACCUGCAGUGGCAUCCUCGCUCCACCAGGGGGCACUGAGGAACUCUCUAAGUUCCGCCUCUGCUGGACAGCUGCCACCCUCACUGCUGGGGCUGAAGGUGGAAUCCCCCCAGUCACAAUGAUCACCAUCUAGUAUUUACCCUUUUAUAAUGGUUUAAGACACCCAAACAGUCAUUUAACAGAGAAUUUGUUCUCAAAUCAGUGUAAAGGGGCAAUGUGUAGCAAUGCCUUUCAAGAGAUAAAAUGAGGUAAACUGGAAGCAAAGCUGGACAUGCACCAGAACACACGUUCAGCAAGUCAGGAAGGAUGAAACUAUAUAGUCUGAUCCAAGGAGAAUCCUCUAUGUUCAUGCAUAAAAACCAGAAUCUUGCCAAAAAACUAACCCUACUGCUCCACAAACCCGUCUGUCCUCAGGUUCUACAGCUUUACCUCGUGAACAGUCUCAAGCACAACAGCUUCCACUGUUGACCUUCUGUCAUAGAUACUCAGUGGAAGUUUAACCAAAAUUGUGGGGUAAAAACCUUAUACACUGGAAUUUAAAACUGCCACGACAACAUACUUAUGUGAGUUCCUUACACUUCUAUGGCAGCAGCUGCAUAUCACCUAGUGUGCAUGACUACAGGCACUAGUGAGUGCUCUGAAGUGCACCUGGUGUCAGGAAACUGGGAAAUUGUAUAUAGUCACUCUCCCAGUGAAGAGUGAAUCAUACUAGGCGAAGCAGUUUUUGUCGUUUGUAUAAUUAGGUUCUUAAGAUAUUGUUAGAUAGUGAAUUUAUGUAGUACUAGUUAAUAUUGACUAAGCACUAAGUGAUGCAAAAUAAUACUUGAUUUUUUUCGUUGCAACUUGGAUUACACUAUACUUGCUCUUAAAGGCACAAACACAGAGGCAUCCAAACACUAAAGAUGAUUCCUGAGGAAGCUUGUGCAAGAGUUGUUGUUUCUUCCAAAAUGUUAUGUGUAUGUGAGAACUGUUUACAUGUUAACUGGAUUUGCUUGUGACUAUUUUUGUUUUAGAUUAUUUUUUUUAUUUUUUUUUCAAAAUAAAGUGAAAAAUAACCAAA